ACUAGAAAAUGUACGAUCAUAUUCUUCUUAAAAUUUAAAAUUUCCUUAUUUUAUCUUAAAAUAACAUCUAUACAUUUUUCCGCAGGGUUUCACAUACGUAGCACCAUCAAUUCUAGAGGACAUGCAACGCGCGAAUCGCAUGCCAGCACGAUCACCGCGUCGUACACCUCGGCAACAUCACGAAGGCUCCUACCGUAUGCAAUUUCCGCCACAACGCGGCGUCUAUCCGAGAGCAACGCCACCACAUUUGCAAGCUUUUCCGCCACGCCCAUCGCCCCAGGACGAAAUGAUGGAUGUUCAGGGGGUGCCAAUUGUGUAGUUAAGAGCCGCAGGCAGCAGCAGCAAAUCAACAUUAGCGAUAACCAAUGCGAGAGCGCAUACAAGCAUGCGGGUGAAGAAUAAUAAUGAUGGUGGUAGCAGGGCAAAGGAGAAAGAGAAGGUGAAUGAAACGAAAAAAUAAACAUAAAUCGACAUAAAAACGUUCACUACUAACAGAGAAAAAAGAAACUGAUUACAACUGAUAAAAACCAGUAACUAACAUUUUGAUAAAGUAUAUAAUAAAAUGCUGCUUAAUGAUAAUUUUUACAAUUAAAAAAAAAAAAA